CAGCUGAUUAAAAAUACACACACAUCGAUCAAAAAAGGGGGUUGAUGAAGCCGGGUGACAGGAUAUAAAUCAUAAAACGAACCAAAAAUUCGGAGAUUGCAAAGGACUCGUAAUGGAGGAACGCGCUGUGCUUGCCAACAUUGCGUCUAUAAUCACCAAGGAUUUGCUUAUUGACCAGCCGUCCGUGGACAUCAGUUCAGGCAGUUAUCCACUGUUGUCCUUCGACGAGGACGACGAUGAAGCUGAGAUUUUCGCUUUGAUGCAGCGGAAACGGGCGUUGGCAUCCAGUCGGAAGCGCAGGAUCUCCCAGGAUCCGGAGGACCAGAAACAGGACCUAAAGCUGCCCAAGCUGGAGUGGCACCACCCGGAACUCAACCUCCUGCACCGCUACACGGAUGCCCAGUUCGAGUCCUGCCUCCACAUGCGCAAACUUACAUUCCUGAAAAUACAGCAAAACCUUGAGAAAACUUUAUGCGGAAUCGCGUUGCCAGGCUAUCCUGCUCCGCCGGCGCAGACCAUGGUGUCCUUGGCCCUGUGGAAGCUGUCCACCGACGAGCACUUCGAGGAAAUCGCCCGAAAGUUUCGACUUCCCUGGGCUCUUUGCCAGCAGGUAGUGCGGGCAUUCUGGCACUGCAUCUCCGAUAAUUACGAGAGCUUCAUCAAGUGGCCAAACUCACUGGCGGCCCAGCGGAGCACCCUGCAGGGGUACCAGAAAUUAGAGCACUUGCGCUGUUUUCGGGAACUGUUCGGCAUCAUAACGCUGAGGCGUCUGGACGUAUUUCUGGAGUCGGAGCACGCCGAUGUGCCGGUGGUUCUCCAGUUAAUUUGCAAUGCCGAGCGGAAGAUCGUCGACUGCUACGUAGAGCUGGCCAUGGAGUACAGCUUCGAGGACUCACCCAUUGGCCAGACCUUGGCCCUGAAUCCAAGGACCAUGCCGGCGGGCAGCUAUCUCAUCGGGAAUGAGGUGUUUCCUCUCAAAUCCUACCUGAUGCGGCCCAUUGAGGCCGAGUGCUUUCGCAAGGAUGCGGUGUUCAAUGAACUGCUACGUCCCGCCUUUCAGCUGGCGGAACAGGUACUGGAUACCUUAGCCCGACGGUUCAAUACCCUGUACGCCCUAGAGGCCCGAGAUUUGAACGAGGUGCGCCUCAUUGUGGAGAGCAUCUGUGCGAUGCACAACAUAUGCGAGGAGUACCUGGAUGAUGGACUGGAGGACCCUGGACAUAGAUCCUUUAGUUGGGGCGGGGUGGUGGCGGGUGUCAGGGGAAGCGAGAAGGACUCCAAGGGACUGCAGCGAAGGGUUGAGCUCCUUGAUGAACUGGUGGCCAUAGAGGCAGGCGAAUAAAGUAGUGUUUCUCAUAAAAUGAA